GCUCAUAAGUUAUAACCUUCCCUCGUCUCUUAACUAACAUAGCUCUCUCCACCGUCCCCAAACAAACCCCAGCCACCACUGACCCAACCCAACCCAAAUAUCCAUUUCGGACCCAAUCCCAAUCCAACCCGAAUUUAUAUACCAGAAUUAUAGCCAUGGAGAAGGAGAAUUCUGGGAGUUUCAACUAUACGGGGAGGAGCUUCAGUAAAUUGAGUGUUAAUGACGAUUCCUCAGCUUUCAGUGACUGUAACAGCGACAGAUCAGGGGAGUUCCAAACGGCGUCGUCUCAAAAUCGAUUGUUAUUACUAGCCUGCGCAGCGGAGAAUCCCGAUGAUCUAAUUCGCCAGCUGGUAUCGGAUCUCGAGUCCUGUUCGAUUGACGAGCAAAAACAAGCAGCCAUGGAGAUCAGGCUCCUCGCCAAGAACAAACCAGAGGAUCGCCUCAAAAUCGCCAAAGCUGGUGCAAUUAAGCCCUUAAUUUCGCUAAUUUCAUCGUCUGAUUCUCAGCUUCAAGAGUACGGUGUCACUGCGAUUUUGAAUCUGUCACUCUGUGACGAGAAUAAAGAGUUGAUAGCUUCAUCAGGCGCGAUCAAACCAUUAGUUAGGGCUCUGAGAACCGGUACACCGACGGCGAAAGAAAACGCUGCGUGCGCUCUACUUCGUUUAUCACAAAUGGAAGAGAAUAAAGUCGCAAUCGGCCGGUCAGGAGCGAUUCCAUUGCUAGUAAACCUCCUCGAAACCGGAGCAUUUCGAGGGAAAAAAGACGCAGCAACUGCUCUAUAUUCGUUAUGUUCGGCCAAGGAAAAUAAAAUCAGGGCUGUCCAAGCUGGGAUAAUGAAACCACUGGUGGAAUUAAUGGCUGAUUUUGGGUCUAACAUGGUGGAUAAGUCAGCGUUUGUUUUGAGCCUGUUGAUUACGGUUCCUGAAGCUAAAACCGCUGUUGUUGAAGAAGCAGGGAUUCCAGUUCUGGUAGAAAUUAUUGAAGUCGGGUCGCAGAGGCAAAAGGAGAUCGCGGUGUCGAUAUUGUUGCAGAUUUGUGAAGAUAAUCUAGUGUUUCGAGCUAUGGUGGCUCGAGAAGGAGCGAUUCCGGCGUUGGUGGCUUUGACACAGUCCGGCACCAAUCGCGCCAAGCAGAAGGUGAGCCUAAUUCUAAAUUUCCGGUUAUUCAAGACCUCGUGUCUGCUGCUUCUGCUGCAACUGACGUGGCAUGCUUGUUUUGGGAAUCAAUGUCGUUUUGUUGGUUAUCUUUUUGAAGGCGGAGACAUUGAUCGAUCUUCUACGGCAACCGAGAUCCAGUAACGCCGCCGCUGCCAGAACGUCAGAGGUGUUAGGAUAAGUGUCGCAACCACAUGCCCAUAUGUAAUCAUACGAUCAAAAAAUGCAUAGUUUUAAAAAAGAAAAAAAAACUGUAAAUAUCUUUGUAACUCAGAGCUUGUAAAAAGUGUGAUUAGUGGUCUGGGUCUGGUUACAGACUCGGGUUUUCCUUUGCGGAUUUUAA